UUUCUUCUCUUCCCCCGAUAACCAAACAGAAACCCAGAAAAAACACAAAGAGAGAAGCAGAGCAAGGAAAUUCUGUUAAACCACUAAGGGAGAAAAAAAUGUCUGUAGCUUCUUCUUCAAUCCCCUGCGUUAAAAUCUCAAUUUCUUCAUGUUCUUCCUCAGCAACAACUACCUGCUCUUCAUCAUCUUCUUCGUCUUCUUCCUUCAAAUUCUCUGCCACAAAGGCUUCCAUUACCAUAAGGAAUUCAAAAGCUGAAGGACCUCUCAGGAGACCCGUUGCCCCUCCUUUGAGACAACCCUCUGAUCCUGUCAAACCCCUCCCUCCAUCUCCGUCUCCUCCUUCAGCCCCUACGAAGCCGGCCUCAGUGGUUGAGGUAUCCCAGGUAUCGGAUCCUAACGUAAUUACUUUGGAGUUUCAAAGGAAGAUGGCUAAAGAGCUUCAGGAGUACUUUCGGCAGAAGAAGCUCGAACAGGCGGACCAGGGACCCUACUUUGGAUUCAUUGGAAAGAACGAAAUUGCCAAUGGCAGAUGGGCAAUGUUUGGUUUUGCUGUGGGGCUGCUAACAGAGUUCGCAACAGGUUCAGAUUUUGUUGAUCAAGUAAAGAUCCUUCUCUCCAAUUUUGGGAUAAUUGAUCUGGAAUGAUUCUUCUGCUUGAUCUUCAUCACCAUCAUUCCCUUUUAAUUACUGUAAUUGUUGUAAUCAUAUUCAGUCUAUGCUCUGUAACUUUUUGGUGAUUCACUGUAACUUCACUGGUUUUGAUUAUCUUGCAAUGUAUUUUCACUAUUCGUUUU